GAUAAACAAAGUUACUAAUUUUAAUCAUUUUCUAAUUGGUUUUUUAUUUUUAAUUGGUAUCUGUUAAUGAUUAUCGAGUAAUUAGUUGUUAUUUUUCAUUGAUCAUCAACUAAUCUUGUGAGUGAAAAGAUUACAAUUCUUUUUGUGACUAAUGAAACAUAAAGAUGGAGCUGUUGUAAUGUGUAACUAUUGACCCUGUCAGUUGACAAUUUACCUUGAAAUUACUUCUCAUUCACAUUGGAACAAUUUAUUUAUUUUCUUUAUUUAUUUCGCUUAUUUUAUUUUAAGUUUAAUCUUCCUCGAUUUAUUUAAUUACUGUUCUCCAUUUAUCUCAAGCCUUUCAUCUCUGUGAUUACAUGUGCAUGGUGAUAGUUUACUGUUUCUCUCUUUUUUAGUCAACAAAAAACAGAGAACAAAAUAAAGUGAAGAUAAAAAGAGAAAAAAAAAUCAAAUCUCUACAUGAAGAAGGAUAAAACCAAUUGUGUUUCCAUUUCGUUUUGUUUUUCCAGUUCAUCUCUGAUUAUCUAAUACUAAUUGUAGAUUGUGAUUUCAUUAAUUGCUUCAGGUUUUCUCUUUGUGAUCCUUGUUAAUCGUUAUUCUUUUCGCUCAUCUUUUCUCUAAAUAAUAACUAGUGUACACUCCCUGUUAUCUAUUUGAACGCAAUAGUUGGAAAUUAUGUCAAAUUCAUUUGCCUUUACUUGAUUGAGAGAGAGAAAAACAACUUUUGCCUACUGGUUUUCUCUUCUCUUUGUUUACCUUUUCGUUUUCAUCUUCUAUUAGAUUUGUGAUCUAAAUUAGUUUACUUUGUGUUCCUUUUCCUUGAUUGAUUAAUGUCUCCCCAAAUUCUCAAAUUGGAUGUCGUCUUAUCCGUUCUGCAUUUCGAUUUCCAUCCAAUCAUCUAAUCUCAAUCAAUUGUUGAUGCUGUUCCUUUAGCAUGUUCAAAGCAGGCGAUUUUAAGGUCUGUCUUUCAUCCAUUGAAUUCUCAGUUUUCUAUCAACAAUCAACACCCAAAUGCUGUCCAUCAUGUGGCUACUUUUUUCCACCGGAAAACCUUAGUGAAGUUGCUUCUCGUUACUUUCGAGAAUCUUAUUUUCGCUUAUCGUCUCUCAUCUUGGUUCUUGGUGUUGGUUCGUGGCUUUGUUAUAAAAUGAUAAUCAAAAGAAAAUCUAAAAUGAAACCGAAAAAAGCGAUGUCUUCAUGUUCAACACUUAGCAUUCACGAUCAAAUUAUUAUCAAUAGAAUGGAUAAAUUGUUAAACCAUCGAUCCACCUCAUCAUCCAAGAAAGUAACAGCGGCAGCAGCAGCCGCUGCCGCUGCCGCCGCGACUGCAGUUUACAAUAAUCUCAACCAUCGUACUAAUCACUCAAAGGAAGCCAUUAAUUACGAUUCUCAUGGCCUUGCAACGUUGGAGGAAGUAUCUUACACCGUCUCAUAUUCAGAUUCUGAGACUGAUGAUAUUGAUGUUGAAGAAGAAGAUGAUGAUUUUUAUUCAAAUGAAAAUGAUGUAAUCUCUAAAGCUAUGGAUCAAUACUCAACUAUGAAACGUUCAAACUCAAUUUCAUCGCAAUCUGGUGAAAUUGGUGAAGGAACAAUUGCUAAAAUAGAUCAAUUGUUGCAUCAAAUUGAAGAUAUCAAAGAAUCUGUUGGAGAAAUGAAUUCAGAUUUUUUUAACGUUCACUCAUAUGAUCACAAUCGUCUAUUAAAAUCAUCUGAUCUUGCGGAUGGCGAAGAAGAUGAACAUUUAUCAAAUUAUCCUGAAAAUUCAGGGGAAGAUUCUCAAAUGCCAUCAUUGGAAUAUUCGGCUGACAAAGAGGAACCACAAACACCAAGUCUAGAAUGGGAUUCCAAUGAUAUUAGUCUAUUUUCUGAGCUUAAUGGUGUUUAUCAGUCAACAGUGGUAACAACAACUUCACCUCAUACCUCAACUGCAAAUCUUAUCAGAGCAUCAACAGCAAUAAAGCAAAUGACAACCUCAUCACAUCAAACAAUCUCAUCUUCAUCAACAGUGUUUACAAAUAAUAGACAAACCAGCAACAUUAAUAACAAUUUAUUUAAAUCAUCAACUGGCCCUGACACUAGAAGUCACAUGAUUAUCGAAUCAAACAAUUCCCUUACAAGUUCAUCAUCCUACCGAAAUUCAACCAAUAUGAAUACCUCAUUUACCAAUUUCACCGAAGGUACAAUGUCUUCCUCCGGUGUGACAUCAAUCGAUGGAUCUCUCCUUUCAUCACCUGAUCAAGAACGGACUCGCCUCGAAUCACUAGAUGACAUGAUUUCAAAGGCUCGUCGCCUUGGUUUGCUCAACGAUUUAUUCAAAGCUUUAUCGAAAAUCGCAAACCGAGAUUCAGCUUAUUUUGAGGAUUGAAUCUAAAAGUUACUAUAAUUAUUAUUAUUCUGUGCUAAAACCAAUUAAUUGACAGAGGUAAACAAAUCAGAUUUAUCCUUGUACAUAUUACUCACACACACACACACAUCUAUAUAUAUCAUUAAUUAUAUUAAGAGUAAGAGAAUAACUAAAUUAACGAUUAACAAAAAAAAAAGAAAAUCAAAAUACUCUAUGUAAUGUUUAUCGUAAAGAAAAGUUGAAAAAAGUAACUGUUUUAAUUGCGGUAAUCACAAAAUCCAGUUAAUUUGAGAGAAUGCAAAAGAUUAUUAACUAUUUUGAAAUGUGCAAAUCAACAAUUAACUUUAGAUUAAAUUGUUUCACUGUCAAUCUUUAAUUUUUGAAUACUUUAAAAUGAAAAUAGAGAUGAAAAUAAUAAAAAUAAAUCUAUAAUUUAA